AUGAAUAUUUAUGUUGAUGCCACGGUUUUUGGUGAUACUGAUGAAGCUUACUUUGGGGUCUUUGUGGUGGAUAGUAAUGGGGAAUUCGUAGCAGCUAAAAAUGGCCCAAUCCGUUGUUUGAGUGAUGUUCAUUUAGCUGAAGCACUAGCGGUGAAGGAAGCUUUAUCUUGGGUUAAGGAGUUGGGUCUCACAAAGGAUCUAUCAUAUGCAGGUUGUGUUAUUCGUGAGUGCCGAUCUUUCCAACGACACUUUGAUUUAGUGUCAUUUCAUUAUGUUUCAAGAUCAGUGAAUAGGUUUGCUCAUGCUUUGGCAAGAGCUACUCGUUCUCAGACUGAUACGAAGGGAAAUCACUUACAAUUCUUCUGCAUCCACCAAGCUGCAUCUCUGAAUGGAAACAAACUUUCUGGUCAUAUAAAUGAAUUACGAAAUGUGACUUCUCCACUUGAAUCUCUUGAUUUGAGUAGAAACAACUUAGAAGGGACAAUACCUUUGUUCUUCUUUCACCUUCACAAUCUUACAUCACUAGAUCUUUCAUCAAACAAUUUUUUUGGUCAAAUGAUUGAUUUGCAAAAUGUGACUUCUCCCCUUGAAUUACUUGAUUUAAGCUACAACAACUUGGAAGGGACAAUACCUUUGUUCUUCUUUCAACUUCAAAACCUGACAUCAAUAAAUCUUUCAUCAAACAAAUUUUUUGGUCAAAUGAUUGAUUUGCAAAAUGUGACUUCUCCCUUGCAAUAUCUUCAUUUAAGUAGCAAUGACUUUGAAGGGACAAUACCUCCAUUCUUAUUUCAACUUCAGAAUCUUACCAUGCUCGAUCUUUCGUCCAACAAAUUUAACGGUAUUGUACAUCUAACAAAAUUUAAAAACCAGUAUAUUGACAUUCUUGACUUUUCCAAUAACAAUUUGGUAAUUGAGACAGCCAUAAGCACAUCACAAUUUCCCUUACUCCCUCAGUUUGGAGAGUUAAAUUUGGCCUCCUGCAAUUUGCAAAAAAUUCCUGAUUUUUUGAAAAGCCAAUCUAGAUUGUGGUGGUUAGAUCUUUCCAACAACUCUAUUAGUGGAGAAAUUCCUAACUGGAUAUGGGGAAUUGGUAAUGGGCAACUCUAUGGCCUCAAUCUUUCUCACAACCGUUUGACGCAUAUGAAAGAGCCAAUCGAAUACGGUUCUCUUACUGUCCUUGAUCUAAAUUCUAAUAUGCUAAGUGGACAGAUUCCGCGACCACCACCUGAGGCAAUGUAUUUAGACUUCUCCAAUAACAAUUUCUCCAUCAUUCCUCUUGAUAUUGCUGAUCAAAUCCCAUAUCUCUUUGUGUUCUUUUCCAUUGCAAAAAAUAGAGUAAGUGGAAAGAUCUCAACUUCCUGGUGUCGAGCAGCCAAUCUUAUAGUGCUUGACUUGUCCCACAAUGCUUUGCAUGGCACAAUACCAUCAUGUCUGGCUCAAAAUAACAGCAAUCUCGUUGUAUUGAAUCUUAGAGGAAAUCAUUUAAGUGGUGAGAUAUCACAGAAGUUUCAACACACUUGUUCUUUAGAGACAUUGGAUCUUAGUCAAAAUCUCUUAGAAGGGAAAGUUCCUCCCUCCUUGAUCAACUGCACAAAGCUUAAGAUCUUAAAUCUUGGAAACAACAAAAUAAGUGAUACCUUUCCUUGUUGGCUCAAUAAACUGUCAAAUCUGCACAUUCUUGUAUUGCAUUCCAAUCAUUUUCAUGGAAGCAUUUCUUGUCCCAUGCUUGGGGUAAACAACAGCUGGCCAAGUUUACAAGUCAUUGACCUAUCUUCCAAUAAUUUCAAUGGACAUCUACCAACUGAUUUAUUCUUGGCAUUAAAAGCUAUUUUGGUUGAGAGGAAUGAAUUAAACUCAAAGGUUGAUUACUUGCACUUCACAUCUCAAGGAGUUUCGAUUUACUAUCAAGAUUCAGUCAUACUGUCUCUAAAAGGACAAAUUUACACUAUACAGAAGAUUCUAUCUAUCUUCACUUCUAUUGAUUUUUCAAGUAAUCAAUUUGAAGGCAGUAUACCAGAGAGUGUUGGAGAGCUUAAACAGCUUUAUCUCCUUAACAUCUCUCACAAUGCCUUAACUGGCGAUAUUCCUCCAUCUCUUGAAAACUUGAAAGCUUUGGAAGCACUGGACCUCUCAUUCAACAACCUUGCUGGAAAUAUCCCAGAGCAGCUUGAUAGCCUAACCUUCUUGGAAAUCCUAAACCUAUCCUACAACCAUCUUGUUGGAAGGAUUCCAAAAGGCAGACAAUUUAAUACUUUCGAUGCAAGCUCAUUUAUGGGAAACAAGGAGCUAUGUGGAUUCCAACUUAAUGUAUCUUGCACUGGGAUCAAUGAACCAACAUCUCCAAUACCAGAACCGGAAGAAAAACAAUCAUCUCACCACGUUGAUAUCUACAUUAGCGUGGCAUUAGGAUUUGUUGCAGGUCUAGGAGGAACCUUUUUGCCACUUUUGCUAUCCAGCAAAUGGAGAUCAUAUUAUAACAAGAAGAUCGAUGAAAUUCUGUCAAAGAUAUUCUUUUAGAGAGGUCAAGGGAGGAGAAAGAAGUCUCGUUAGCAAUCAACAGGUGUUGUGCUUAUACUCUUCUUGUCAACUACCUACUUUGCUUGGGUAAAGUUGUUUUUACCAUGUGUGAUUGUUCCACUAGUUGUUUGUAGGCUUGGAUGCAUGUCCUUGUGCUUGCCUUUUAUGUUUAUUUUCUCCUAAUGUAUUUUUUAUUUUCUAUGUA